GUGCGGCGCGUCAGCGGCGAGUCGGCGGGCCAGCUCUGCGUGGCGAAGAAGGUGCCGACGGACACCCUGAACCAGCGGGACCGCGAGGCCGCGCACCGCGAGUGCGCGCUGCUCCGGACGCUCGAGCACCCGCACAUCGUCAACUUCGUCGAGUCCUGGGAGAGCGAGCGCGACGACGGCCAGUCGCGGACCAUGCACCUCAUCAUGGAGUGGUGCGAGCAGGGCGAUUUGGCCUACCACAUCAACGAGAAGAAGGCCGCCGGCGAGCGCUUCGCCGCGGCGCACGUCUGGCGGUGGUUUCACGAGAUGGCGUCCGCGCUCGAGUACAUGCACCGGCGGCGCGUGCUCCACCGCGACCUCAAGUCGACGAACGUCUUCGUGGACGGCAAGUUCCACGUCAAGCUCGGCGACCUGGGCAUCGCCAAGAUCCUCGAGUCGACGCUCGCGCACGCGUCGACGGUCGUCGGCACGCCCAACUACCUGAGCCCCGAGCUCUGCGAGAACAAGCCCUACUCCUAUUCCUCGGACGUCUGGGCCCUGGGCUGCGUGCUCUACGAGCUCUGCGCGCUGAAGCGGCCCUUCGACGCGUCGAACCUGUUCGGCAUCGUCUACUCCGUCGUCAAGGGCGACGUCGACCUCGACGCGGUGUCGCCGGACGCCUCGGACCCGCUGCGCAAGCUCGUGACGCGGUUGCUGACCAAGGACGCGGACGUGCGGCCGACGGUGACGGCGAUCCUGGCGGAC